AUUCACUAACGUUUGUAUCAGGUACGGAAGACGAAGGACAAGGUAUGCUCAAGCUGUCAUCUAAUGUAUUCCAGGCUGCUGUUGGGAGGUCAAUGUAUGAGCAAUGCCUCCCAAACAACUCCGUGGACAUAGCAUUCUCAUCUAUAGCAGUGCAUAACUUGUCCAGAAGACCUUGUCGGAUAGAGGGUGGAGUCUUAUCAUGUGACGGUACUGAGAAGGAAAAGGCGGUAGUAAAAGAACAGUCUGCUCGGGAUUGGGAACAAUUUGUGUGCAUGAGAGGAAAAGAACUCAGCCCAGGUGGCUAUUUAGUGGUACUGAACUGUGGAGUUGACAAAGACGGUAAAGGCCUUUUUCCAAUAAAGGGAGGAAUGCCACAACUCGGGAAAUUACUAAGUACAAUGCUUCAUGAUGGUCUUAUUACACAGGAGGAAUUCCUCGGCACGAACUUUGAUGUGGACAUAUACAGAACUGAGGAAGACCACAGCCGCCCGUUUACACAGGGGGACAGGCUGACGCAGAUGGGUCUAGAACUGCUAUCGGUUCGCUCAUUCACCAACUGGCUGGAGCAUCACACGUUCGAAAUCGUGGAUAAAGACGAAGCUACCAAGGCAGAGUAUGCCGAGAGGGUUGUGGCAGGUAUAAAGCCGUGGUUCUACCACGUGGUCUUCAACGGGUUGUCGAGAACGAGGCCAAAGGAAGAAAGAAAGCGACUGACAGAUCUCUACUUCGAUAGGAUGAGGGCAUUUGCCCAUGACAACCAUGGCGGCAAGACUAGAAUGCCAUUGGUUGAGACGGUUGUCAGGAAAUGCCUCUAACGGGAAAGUUGAUCUUCAGACCUUGCAUAUAUUGAAAUACUCUCGACAGUAUGAAGAACUCUUAUUCAAAGGCAUGGCCGUUAAACUAUAAACUUGUAUCAAAAGCAUAAUAUCAUAAUCAGUUCCUACAUACCCCCCUCCCCUCCUUUUAUAAAACACCUUUGUAAAUCAUAGAAAUAAAGCCGAUGUGAAUACCA